CUCAAAGCUUGCUGUCUUCAGACUGCUUACUUCCCGGACGACCACACUGGGGAGAACAUUGCAGCCGGCCUGAGAGAGGGACUAGCCAGCUGGGACCUCGAUGAAGACAACCAUGUCUGCGUAACAACGGACAAUGCAUCGAACAUGGUGAAGGCAGCGCAGCUUAACGAGUGGACCAGGCUCCAGUGUUUUGGCCACCGAUUACAUCUUGCCAUUGAAAAUGCAAUGAAAGAUGACAGAGUGUCAAGAGCAACAGGGCUGUGCAAAAAGCUGGUGGGGCACUUCUCCCACAGUUGGAAGAAGAAGGCAGCAAUGACUGAGGCACAGAGGGAGCUCAAUCUUCCUGAGCAUGCCCUCAUAACUGAGUGCCCAACAAGAUAGGGAUCCAAAGAAUUGAUGAUUGCAAGAGUGCUGGAACAGAUCAAGGCCAUAUCCCAGGUAUUGUCAAGCGAUCGAAAUGCGCGCCACCUCAUCCCGACCUGGCAGGAUAUUGAAGUGUUAGAGUCCAUUCACAAGGCGCUGCAUCCUCUCCAGGAAUUUACUGAUGCUCUUUCUGGAGAGGAGUACAUCAGCAUCUCUUACCUCAAGCCAAUUCUCCAUCUUCUGGCCGCAUCACUCCUGGCUGAAGAUGAUGAGGACACUGACCUGUCUAGGUCAAUUAAAACCAAGGUCCUGGCAUACCUCAAAGAGAAAUAUAGCGACCCCGACACCCAGGAGCUUUUGGACGUUGCGUCAUUUCUGGACCCGAGGUUCAAAAUACAGUACAUCAGAGCAGACCACAUCCCUGCCAUUAAGACUCGACUGAAGACUGAAAUGGAGCAGUCAGCAAGACAAGAGAAGAGGUCCCGUACAGAAACCGUUUCGAAGGCUCAAAGUGCAAAGCCCUCUGCGGAAAAGGCAAAGAAGUCUCUCUGCAGUUUCUUCAAGACCAGUGUGGCAUCUCCUGCUUUGCUUGUGCAACUUGACAAUGUCGUGGAGGCUGAGUUGAAUACUUACCUAUUUACCCCUGCCAUUGACGGAGAAGAAAAUCCCCUGGCCUGGUGGAAGCUGCACAAGAUCAACUUUCCACAACUGAGCAAGUUGGCCCGCAAGUAUCUUUGUGUACCAGCCACAAGUUCCCCCUCAGAACGUCUGUUUAGCACUGGAGGGAAUAUAGUAACUUGUACUCGCUCUUCCUUAAAACCAGCAAAAGUUGAUAUGCUGGUUUUCCUGGCAAAAAACAUCUGAACUACUGAGAACCGUACAGUAGGAUGAUUGUGGCCGGCAGAGCCAUACUCCUUGUCCUUGUGCACUUUAGUCUGUGUGGUUUGUUACUGUUACUGUGGAGAUCAGUAAGAUUCGUAUUUAUUUAAUUCAUAUUAAUGUUCACAGUGUUUCUUUUUCUUUUAAAUUGUAUUAAAAAGUGCAAUCCACACGUUUACAUAUUACAUUACGACGACUUGUGAGUUAUCUAAAUAUUUUUAGAGUGGUAGAGCCAGAGAUUUGUUCUUAUUUCUGCACUUUAGUUUGUGUGAUUGUGUGAGUUUGUGUGAUUUGUUGUGUGAUUUGUUACUGUUACUGGAGAUCAGUAAGAUACUAAGAUUUGUAUUUAUUUUUCAUAUUAAUGUUCACCAGGCCUGUUGUUCUGCAGUGCUUUGUUUGUCAGAUUUUAUUAAAACGUUAAGUCAUGAUAAUUAUAUUACAUGUUUACAAGGCUUGAAGUUAAAUCAAUGUCAAUAUUCUACUGUGAUUGAAGGUUUUUCUUUUUAUAAUUCAUUAGUUAAAUAAAGAUAUGUUCAUAUCAA